AACGCGUAAAGAUAUUGGGUUUAAAUAGAGAUGUUUGAAACAGUCUGGUAUCUUCUGUGGGUGGUCCCAGCACCGCUCACUGACCAGAGGACGAGUUAGCGCUAUGUGGACGUUUAGGACUUUGGUCGUGCUGUGCUUAGUUGCUUCGGUCCUCAGUGACGAACGAAGCGCCUACGCUAACGCUCAGGCUUCGGCGCUUGCGCAGGCCAACGCUGGUGGUAUCUUCGGCGGCUUGGACAAAAUAUGGACAAAAUGCCUUUACGAGGGUCAGAUGUACUACGACUACAACCUGGGUGGUGGCUGUUUGGUGUGCGCCUGCUUCCUUACCAACGGAUACCUCUCGCCUAAGUGUCGCUCGUGUAAUGGAUGUGGAUACGAUCCCCAACCCGAACCGAGCCCAACUCCGAUAAUCCCACCAAAUCCACCAGUCAACCCAUGCCCGCCGCCAAUUGUCAUUCCCGGACCACCAAGGCCAUACCCUGUGCCUGUACCAAUUCCCGGAAAACCAAUCAUCAUUCGCGUGCCAGUACCAGUACCAUCCCCACCUAUCUACUUGCCGGGACCACCCAGACCUUAUCCUGUACCAAAACCGGUGCCCGUCCCAUACCCAGUUAACCGACCCUACCCAGUUCCUUCCCCACCCAGAAUCAUCACUGUACCUAUACCCAUUCCUCGUCCUUACCCAGUACCAGGACCAGAAAGGGACAUUCCUAUACCAGUACCUGUACCUUCUCCACCUGUGCGUAUUCCGGUUCCAAUUCCUGGACCUCCUAGGCCCGUACCUAUCCCUGUACCAUCUCCUCCAGUACCUAUACCAGUCCCUGUGGAGGUUGACAGAUUCAUUCCAGUGCCAGGCAAAGACCGAUUAGUUCCUGUUCCCUUGCCGAUCACUCAUAACAAGUACUACCCAGUUCCCAUUGUCGUCUAUGUCGCUCCCCUGUGCCGAGGACACGCUCCAUUCGUACCAUUCCGAGUACCAGGAGAUAUCUGCCAAAUUCAUACUUGCAAGAUUAAAUACAACUAUGUAUACCUAGAUACUCAGAGAGAUCCGGACUGUGACGUUACGCCAAAUCCGCCAAUCGGACCGUGGUUCGGAGGUUCUUCCGCAUCAGCUAUCGCUAACGCUAACGCUAACUCUUGGGGAGGAUGGGGUGGCUCAAGCGCUCAAGCAGAUGCAGAAGCCAACGCCAAUGCAUUAUCUGGAGAUUGGGGUGCCUUGGGUGGACUCGGUGGUUAUGCAAACGCGGAUUCCAGUGCCAAUGCCAAUGCUAAUGCUUACGGUGGUUUAGACGGUCUAGAUAGUUUAUCGAGUGCACAAGCAAAUGCUCAAGCUAACGCUAACGCAGGGGGUCUGUUAGGUAGUUUAGGAGGGUUAGGUAGUUUAGGAGGGUUAGGAGGGUUAGGAGGUUUAGGAGGUUUAGGAGGAUUAGGAGGGUUAGGAGGAGAUUUCAGCGCGAUGCGUGGUGGUUUGUCAAAUGCUCAAGCUAACGCCCAAGCUAACGCUCAAGCUAACGCCCAAGCUAACGCUCAAGCUAACGCCCAAGCUAAUGCUUUCAGUGGAGGUUGGGGAGGACUAGGAGGUGGAUAUUCUAGUGCCGAAGCUAACGCCGAGGCCAAUGCCAAUGCUAAUGCUAAUGCAUAUGGCGGAGGAUUAAGUGGCUUGGGAGGUUUAGGUGGACUAGGAGGUUUGGGUAGUAGUUAUGCCAAUGCCCAAGCUAACGCCGAAGCUAAUGCUAAUGCUUUUAGCGGAGGUUGGGGAGGACUAGGAGGUGGAUAUUCUAGUGCCCAAGCUAACGCAGAAGCGAAUGCUAAUGCUAAUGCUAACGCAUAUGGAGGAGGAUUAAGUGGGCUGGGAGGUUUAGGUGGGCUGGGAGGUUUAAGUGGACUAGGAGGUUACGGUAGUAGUUAUGCCAAUGCUCAAGCUAAUGCCGACGCCAAUGCAUUCAGUGGGGGCUAUGGAGGACUUGGCGGAGGUAGGGCCAACGCCGAAGCUAAUGCAAAUGCUAACGCUAAUGCUAUCGCUAACGCAGGCGGUUUGUUAGGUGGUUUAGGAGGUUUAGGAGGGUUAGGAGGCUGGGGUGGUGCCAAUGCUUAUGCCAAUGCUGAAGCCUUAGCAAACGCUAACGCUGGUGGAUACGGUGGUGGCUGGUCCGAUGUCUCCGCGUCAGCUUUGGCGCAAGCCAACGCCGGAGCAUGGGGAAAAACUGCACCAACAGAAGAAUGAGAAGUUUUCAAAAAGUAAGAUACAAAAGCUUCUAGUGAUCUCCGUAUACAGACCCUGCACGAACAUGGAUAAUGAUAUACUUUUAGAUUAUUGAGCAUAAUAUAAAAGGACAAAUUGUACGAUCCAUACUCAAAAAUAAUAAAGUGGGAUGAAAUUUAA